AUGGGACAGGCCAUUACACUUUCAAGCGCUGCCAAACUACCGCGUGGAAUACUCUCCUUAUCUUCUGAUUUGGAUUUCAAACUCUGCGAUCUUUGGACUUUGCCUGGGCAAGGUCUACUUCUGCACUCUGUUCGAGAAGGAAAGAUGGUCAGGCAUCUGAUCCGCCCAGGUGUCAGGGCUUUUUCUAGCUCUCCAGUUGUGUCAUCUGAAGCAAAACAUCCUAGUGGUAUGGCAUUUGAAUUGAAUGAUACUCAGCGAGAACUCCAAGAUUUGGCACGCAAGUUUACCAGAGAAGAAAUUGUGCCUCGUGCUGCAGAAUAUGAUCGAACUAUGGAGUAUCCUUGGGAUAUUGUGAAAAAGGCGUGGGCCCUUGGCCUUAUGAAUGGGCAUGUUCCAUCUCACUGUGGUGGUUUGGGUAUAGGUGUAUUUGAUGGAUGUCUAGUCACAGAAGAGCUCGCAUAUGGUUGUACAGGUGGCUUGGGCAUAGGCGUUUUUGAUGGUUGUAUGAUUGCUGAGGAAUUAGCAUAUGGUUGCACAGGUAUAAUGACAGCAUUGGAAGGCAGUGGCUUAGGCCAAACUCCUGUUGUCAUUGCUGGUAGCAAAGAACAGCAAAAGAAGUAUCUAGGUCGGCUCAUUGAAGAGCCUCUUGUUGCAGCUUACUGUGUAACAGAACCAGGUGCUGGGUCAGAUGUGAAUGGAGUUAGAACAACUGCAGUGAAAAAAGGAGACGAAUAUAUUCUCAAUGGUCAGAAGAUGUGGAUUACUAAUGGUGGUGUUGCAAAUUGGUACUUUGUUCUUGCUCGAACGAAUACUGAUCCCAAAGCACCAGCUAGCAAGUCUUUUACAGGCUUUAUUGUGGAGAGAGAUACUCCAGGGCUGACUCCAGGACGUAAAGAAAUUAACAUGGGCCAGAAGUGCUCUGAUACCAGAGGUAUAACCUUUGAAGAUGUUCGUGUACCAAAAGAAAAUGUGUUAAUUGGAGAAGGUGCUGGUUUCAAGAUUGCAAUGGGAGCAUUUGACAAAACAAGACCUCCUGUUGCUGCUGGUGCUGUUGGUUUGGCUCAGAGAGCUUUAGAUGAAGCAACUAAAUACGCCUUGGAAAGAAAAACGUUUGGGGUCCCCAUUGCACGUCAUCAGGCUGUUGCUUUCAUUCUGGCUGACAUGGCAAUUGGUGUUGAGACUGCCCGGCUUGCUUGGCAACGAGCUGCAUGGGAGGUGGAUCAGGGAAGGCGAAACACAAUGUUGGCUUCUAUUGCCAAAGCCUAUGCUGCUGAUGUGGCCAACAAAGCUGCAACUGAUGCUGUUCAGGUGUUUGGAGGUAAUGGAUUUAACAGUGAAUAUCCAGUUGAGAAGCUUAUGAGGGAUGCUAAGAUAUACCAGAUUUAUGAAGGAACUGCGCAAAUUCAGCGCCUUAUUGUUUCUCGGGAGCUCUUUGAGAAUGCUGCUCAGAAACAGUAAUAGAGUUUUAUGUGUGGUAUGGUGUGAAAAUAGCAAAUUGAUACCUUCAAAAUGUUGAAUUGCACUGUAAACUGUGUAAUUGCCAAAGAAGACUGAUACAUUUGAAUAUCUGUAAUAACAAAAAAUGUGCUAUUGUGCAUAAAUACACACUUUUCAGUGUCCUGUGUUAAGUUAAAAUGACUGUUCGUUUUUUUUUCAACUGUAUUUUUGUACAUUUUUCUAAAAUUUGUAUUAUGAAUUUGUAAUUAACAUCCUGAAUGAAAAGACAAGUUCAAAAAUAAAGUAUUAAGACGUUGACACAAGUUGAGGUGUGCUCAGGUGUGAAAAAUUAGGUAAGUUUGGAUUGCUUUGAAUGUAUUAAGAGUGUUUACAUCAUAGUUUGAGUUUUGGUUUGGGCCGAGAAUGUACUUUCAAAGUUUAUUUUUAGAUAUAAUAAAUGUUAUUCUUUUACUUUUGAAAUUGAGUUAAUCUCUGUGUACAUAUUUUGUGUUUCUCUUUCUUUUCUUCUUCCAAAACUCGUAGUUU